UGGUUAAUGGGUAUCAAUCAAUCAUCUAAUUUUAUUUUAUUUUCAUAAAUAAAUGAUUGAACUAUAUAUGAAGUUUGUCUUCUUUUACAAUUCUGGAUUAUGCCUUAAUGUUUCAGCUCUCUCAGAAGACAAACUACAAAACCUUUAGAGGAGUCGGUACACUUGAACAGCAAAUGAGUUAUUCUCAUCAAAGCAUGGGUUCUGGUAGUAGAAAUGCAAGGGGGUACGAAUUUGGAAGGACUUAUGUUGUGAGGCCCAAAGGAAAGCAUCAAGCCACUCUGGUCUGGCUUCACGGUCUUGGUGACAAUGGGUCUAGCUCAUCUCAGCUAAUGGAAAGCUUGCGUCUUCCAAAUGUAAAAUGGAUUUGUCCAACGGCUCCUUUGCGUCCUGUUUCAAGUCUUGGUGGAUUUACCUGCACUGCUUGGUUUGACGUUGGGGAAAUUUCUGAAGACGGUCAUGAUGAUUUGGAAGGUUUAGAUGCCUCAGCUUCACAUAUUGCUAAUCUUUUGUCCGCUGAACCAGCAGAUGUUCAAGUGGGCAUAGGCGGGUUUAGCAUGGGAGCAGCGAUAUCUCUCUACUCCGCGACUUGUUAUGCUCUUGGACGUUAUGGAACUGGCCAUGCUUAUCCUAUUAACCUACGAGCUGUUGUAGGGCUCAGCGGCUGGCUUCCUGGUUGGAAGAGCUUAAGGGGAAAAAUUGAAUGUUCAUAUGAGGCUGCAAGGCGUGCUGCAUCGUUACCAAUCAUACUUACACAUGGGACUUCCGAUGAUGUGGUUCCUUAUAGGUUUGGAGAGAAAUCUGCGCAGUCUCUUGGCAUGGCUGGAUUUCGACAAGCCAUGUUUAAACCAUACGAAGGACUUGGUCACUAUACUGUUCCCAAAGAAAUGGAUGAGGUUGUUCACUGGCUUACAACGAGGCUCGGGCUUGAGGGCUCACGCUAAUAUUUUACAAACUACGAUGCAUCUAGCUAUAUAGGUGAUACGGUCGACCAUAAGAACAAAUAAAAACAGGGAGCACAAAUGAAUUGGUGGAGAGCAUGAAAGAAAUUAGUGUAGACUUGAGAUACUAGUAUGUAUAAUGGCUUGGUUUCUUGGGGAUAUAUAUAUAUAUAUAUAUAUAUAUAUAUGUUGUUCAGGGUUCGUUUUUUUUCCUUUGUGAUUUCUUUUGUCCAUGUUAGAUUCUUGAUCUUGAAUAAAAGGGGGUUUUAUGCUUUCCAAGUUA